AAACACGACAAACAUGAAGAUAUCUCGGAGUCCGACCACAACCUCUUUGGAUGAAUACGAGCUCAUGUCUGACGCCAAGUAUCGCAAAUAUGUUCAGGAGAUCGACAGAGCGUUGAAGGGCUUUGAGUACACGUCCGAAUGGGCAGAUCUGGUGAACGCUUUGGGCAAACUGAACAAGGUGCUGUUAAACAACGUGAAGUACAGUGUAAUCCCCCGACGAUUCACUGUUGGCCAGCGUUUGGCGCAAACCAUGCAUCCGGCCCUCCCAUCGGGCGUCCAUUUGAAAGCGUUGGAAACCUAUGAUCUCAUAUUUAAAUGUAUUGGAACCGAUCGAUUGAUCCAAGAGUUGAGCAUUUACUCCAAUGGUCUGUUCCCGUUGUUGAGUCACGCGGCCAUUAAUGUGAAGCCAUCACUACUCGAGAUCUACGAGAAGCACUUUAUACCUCUCGGGCCGCGUCUGAAGCCAGCGCUCGACGGCUUUCUCNAUCCAAGACCAUCACUACUCGAGAUCUACGAGAAGCACUUUAUACCUCUCGGGCCGCGUCUGAAGCCAGCGCUCGACGGCUUUCUCAUCGCUGUAUUGCCCGGACUCGAGGAAAACGAUUGUCACGAGAGAACCGAUAAGCUAUUAGUGGAGGUCUGCACCGCCGUCUCCCAAGAGUUCUUCUACGGAUCCCUUUGGAGAUGUGUUUUAUACAACCCGUCGGUACGACUUCAGGCCAUUAUGUUUAUAUCGUCUCAUUUCAACAAAAAGCGCAGUCUUGAGGACCAGUUGUAUAUUAUGGGCACUUGUCUGCAGACAAUGAUUACUGGCAUUUGUGCGGCCCUUCUCGACACGACCAACGUGUUAGUCCAGCGGGCGAUCCUCGACCUCUUGCUCUCCUGUUUCCCAAUGCAUAACAAACAGAUCGCACGACAGGAUAUGAUUAGCAUAACCACAGCCGCCAUAACAGUGUUGUUGAGGAGAGACGUGUCGCUAAACCGUCGAUUCAUCCAAUGGUUAACAGCAGAGGAUAACUCAAACCCGAAGUCAAGGAUGUAUCGGGCCGUCGAGUGUAAUUCCGAUUCCGAAUUCGUGGUCAAGUCUGGGAGACUUAUGGCCGUAUCGGCUGCUCAUCUGUAUUAUAGAUCACAGAGAUAUAAGUCAACCAAUUAUUGA